GCAAUGACAAUGGCGAAACCCUCCCAGAGUCCAUCCCGUCUGCUCCUGGGACACUGCCCCAUUUUCUGCAAGAGCCAGACGAUGCGUAUAUAAUCAAAAGCAACCCUAUUGUGUUGCGCUGCCGAGCUGUGCCUGCAAUGCAGAUCUUCUUCAAGUGCAAUGGGGAGUGGGUGCACCAAAAUGAGCAUGUCUCUGAGGAGAGCAUGGACGAAAGUACAGGUAAGGAAGAAAUUCCGUGUGGCACUGAAUGAAUUAUCUGCUCCAAACACAUUGGUCAUUAUCCUUGUUCACUUGUAUCUCAGGUCUACGGAUGGCUUUCUCCAUUUUACAUUCCCCUGCCCCCCAGUCUUUGGCCAUAUUUGCACUACACAUUUAAAGCAGUAUUAUGUCGCUUUAAACAGCUUCCCCCCAAAGAAUCAUGGGUUUUGUAGUUUGCUAAGGGUGCUGAGAGUUUUUAGUAAAUAGUUAUUCUCCUCACAAAGUUCCAAUUCCUAUAGUUCCCUACAAAGAGGGGAUGAUUGUUAAAUUAUAGUACCCUGGAAGUUGUGGUUCUGUUAGGUUAUCAGUAAGGCUACCAAUGGCUCCUCAGUCAUGAUGGAUGUGUAAGACUUUCCCUAUCAAAUGCAGUAUGCCUCUGAAUACCUGGUGCUGGGAAUCACAGCUAUUGCAUUCAGGCCUUCCUUUGGGCAUCUGUCUGGUCACUGUGAGAUCAGGAGGCUGGACUAGUUGGGCCUUUGGCUGGCUCCAGGGGGACUCUUCUGGUGUUCUUACAUGAGGGAGUUAUAAUGCCUGACUUUGGUUAAGAUAAAAAACUCUUUUGGCAUUCAAAGUGAACGUGUGAAGAGGGGCUUCUGUUUUCAACUGACCACAGUUGUCAUUGUCCAUGCAAACACACAUAGAAGCCCUCUUCAGACCCACCUGCUCAAGAAGGGAAGGGAACAAUGGUAGCAGAGGUGCCACCUUACGAGAGCGAUUUGGGGGACAAUGGAGUACAUGUGAUGUCCCGACACCGUGCGUGUGAUGUCAGGAUGUUGGGAGGAGCCGGGGGUGGCUGCAUGGCUUCAGUGGCUGGUGGCUCCUUCUCCUUCUCUUCCUGGCUCUGCCACCAGCAGAAGGCUGCUCCAACUCUCCCUCCCCUCCGCAGCAGGUGGAGAAAGCGAAGGAGCCUCUGUGCUACUUGGACAUUGGAGGGGCCCGACCCCCAAAACAUAAGGGGGGUCCAAAAGGGCUUGACCCCCUUGAGCUGGCACUCCUGCAUGAUGGGGACAUUAAGGGUGGGACCAAGACUCAUUCAUAUGUCCUGCAUCCUUAUCUCCUCUAUGUCAUUUGUAUGCCCAAAUAGGUCUUGUGAUAGCUAAAUAUGUUAACUGUGCAGUGAAAGUGUAUUGACUCAGAAUCAAGAGACUUUAGGGUUGCGGUCUUAGAGGACUAUGCUAGAUGCUUUGCGACAUUUUGCUGGCUUUUUCUUUGAGAAUGGCUCUGCAUAGCUUGCUGCCCCACGUUGAGUUGGGAACAGUCAUGAAAUGUUAGGCCAGCAGUUCACAGCACCGUAGUCUGACUCCCUUAUUAGUUGUUUGGCAGCUAAUGAAGCUAAAUGGAAGAACUCUGUUUUGCAAUAAAGGCAUAUCUGCAAAGUGAGGGCUUCUAAGGCUGGGAAGGGUGUUGAGAAAUGAUCCACAGAUUUUAUCAGGCUUCGAGCAAAUCCUAUAUCCUUUCUCAUUUAGAAACAAACAUCUUGAUAAGUAUUGCAAACCAAUUUAACGGUUCUGCUGCCUUGUAAUCUCACAGGCCUGUGUUGUUAUUACUCCCCCUACACACACACACACACACACACACACACACACCCUUCCACUUUCCCAGAUUGCUAGGCAACUCUGUGUCUUGGAAAUAAUAAUGUGAAUAUAAGAUUCUCUUAGAGAAAACACACACACACACCCUUGAAUAGAUAAUAGCAAGGAAGAACAUGCAAUUAAAAAUUGUCACAUUUUCUAAAACGGUGUAGGAAAUAAGGUGACUGACAGAUUAUGGGGAAGAAAAAUUACAUCAUUUUCAUAGUGUCAUCUUCCAACGGAUUUUACUUUUUUGCAGCUUUAGACUGAAAUAUAUGUCAGAAAAUACAUGAGAAAGCCUUCUUACAAUUUGUCCCUAUUUUAGGAGUGGCUCAUAGCACAAACUGGGCAAUUUUACCCAGGGCACCACACGUUGGAAUAAUUCCAAUAGUUCACACACAGCAUGACCAAACCAUGGUUUUGUGUUGUGUUCACAUUGAGGAACCAGCCUUGGUGAAGCCUUAGAAUCCCUCUCUUUCCUCUCCUCCUCAUUUGUAGCCAGAGGAAGGACCUUGUUUGUGCUUGCUCUUAUCCAGAUUUCAUAACUGUAGUUGUACGAUGUUUGUUUAAAAUGCACAUUAAAGAAGUUGUGGCCCACCUAAAGAAAAAGUAUAUCUUGAGUAACAGCUGUACUUAUUACUGAUAAUGCUGCAAAAAAUAUUUAUGGGUAAUAGCUUUAUUGUCCUUAACAUUCACACACCCCAUGGUUAUGUCAAGAGGAAUAUUUGAAUAUAUAGAUAAUGCAUAAGAUAAAUAUAAUUGGUUUCUAGAGGAAUCCUUGCAUUGAGUACACUGUAUUGCAUAUUCUUGGAUUGUAUUCUCAUGCAAGACAUCAUUCUGUGGUAUCUGUAUCAAAAGCAACCGCUGUCCUGGAAGCUGUUGCUAGCAGCAAACUAUACUGUCAGAUAGUCACAGUAUUUCAAACUUUGCUUCUUUAAAGGAAAAAACCCUAAUAAAAUGUAGUUCUUUAAUCUCGUUGCUAAGAUGAAGCUUUAAAAGACAUUUUAGUUUCAAUUAAUAAUUAGCUUUAAGAAAUUCUAAUAAGACUCUGCUUUUUAAUUAUCCACAUCCAAAUUGCCAGUACAGGUAUUUCAGCCUGCAGGCAUCUAAUCAUCAGAGAGAUGAAUCCACUUGUUCUGGCAAUUGAUGCUGCGUGGUCCCUUUAGUGGCACAGCUUGAUGUUCCUUUUAUUUAUUUAUAUUGAGACACAGAUUGCAUAGCCAAAAGGAUAAGGGCAUCCAUCUUUAUCAGAGUCUGAGUUUCAGAGUCUCCAGGCUACAGAGCCUGAAAUUUGCCAGCCCAGCCUUUGAGCUUCCUUCUCAAAGUGGCUUUUACUAUGUGAGAUCCAACAGGAGACAAUAUAGUACAGUUGUCAGACUGCUGGGUUUGGCUGGCCUUAUUGGUCUAAACCACUGAGCCUCUUGGGCUUGCCGACUGGAAGAUCGAUUGUUCGAAUCCCUGUGACAGGGUGAGCUCCCAUUGUUCUGUCCCAGCUCCUGCCAACCUAGCAGUUCGAAAACACACCAGUGCAAGUACAUAAAUAGGUACCGCUGUGGCAGGAAGGUAAACGGCAUUUCCGUGCACUCUGACUUCUGCCACGAAGUUCUGUUGCACCAAAAGUGGCUUAGUCCUGCUGGCCACAUGACCUGGAAAACUGUCUGUGGACAAACGCUGGCUCCCUCGGCCUGAAAACAAGAUGAGCGCCGCAACCCCAGAGUUGCCUUUGACUGCACUUAUCCGUCCAGGGGUCCUUUACCUUUUCCCCUACCUUGCAAGGGACCACUGCAACCCCUCUUGUUCUCUCCUCUCCUCUUUGCUAUCCGUGCCUUCUCACAUGUCCUCUCUGAGAUGUGAGCAGUGGUAACAGAGAGCAGCAUUUCCCACUUGCCUUGCACUCUGGAUAGGUAUGUGGAUUGGGAAUGGAUUGCUACAGCAAAGACAGUUCUAGGGGAGCACGACUGCACCGGGUGCGGAGCUUCUGGGGUGCUGCAGCAGGCACCACAACUGUGAAGUCCAUUGGAAGGUGAGAGGCGGGAGUGGUGCUGGAUUUUGGCAUCACGCGGGGCGCCACUGAAAUUUGAGACACUGGCAGCAGCAGAAGGUGGACUUGUUCAAGCAGUAGUGAGGCAUGCAGUGUGGUGGAGAUGCCAUUCCAAAACUGACGACUCUGCUGUUUACCUGGGCAGGGCUGGGACCAAGGCAGGGUCAGAACCAUGUGAGUGCACUAAGUCAGGGCAGUGCCAUCAAUCCAGCAGCCCUGUUGCGAGCAUCACAGCACUGUCAGGAUUAGGCUUGGAUUGGCAGGAUCAGAUGGAGGAUAAGUGAAACACUGCUAGCGAUAAACGUAAUUCCGAUGGUGAGGAAUUUGCCUCGGUAUCUCUGCAGACUCCCUUUAGCAUAUCCAUGAUUAAAAGAGAGUUGUGGUGCGGGUGGGAAAGAGGAGCUAACUGCAAUAGGAAUGAAGUCAGAAACGCAGUGCAUGAGUUUGCUUUUGGAUAAAUCGAUAGUCCAUGGGCUGCCAGUGUGCUGGUUGGGUGGAGUUGGAGUCAGUCUAUGGCACAAGAAUAAUGAAAGAAAGGAAUUUGCAGAUUUGCUGGGAAAUAAGUAGCUGUGCUGAAUUAAUUAAAAAGUCGGAGUUCAUUUAUUACUGCUUUUUUUUUGUAAAUCUGUGUCACUUUGAUGAUCUCUCUGGAUGGAAAACUUCACAGUUUCAAAAUACUGAAAUAAAUUACAAAAGAUAGAACUCUGCCCAUGCCAGCCCUACCUUGCUGACACUUUAGCAGCCCUGUUCUCCAUUGUCCCUGCUACCACUAGGGGCUGCACGUCCUGUUUCGCCACUUGAGGCAAAAAGGGAAGAACUGCCUUGCCCUGAUGCCACCGGCACCACUUUUCUACUGCCACCUCCCCUGCUGGCAGAGUAGCAGUAACAGCAUCAGUGCCAAUUUUGGGUGAAAUCUUUCCAAAAUUGCACAAUUUCAGCCAUUACCAGCGCCAUUUCUGUGGAGAUGACAAGGUGCCUCCUUGGGGGUUUCUGCUGCUUGAGGUAGCUGUUUUAGUCUGCAUAAUGAUUGAGCCAGCUCUGGCCACUGCCAUCUCUUUUCAAUUCCUACCCUUGUUUGUGCUCAGAUCUUCUGGCUUCCUAUUAUUGGCUGCUAUUCCUACUGUUCUCUAAGCCUUCCCACCUGCCCCACUUCCUGUGAUGACUCUGGCAUCACAGCAGUUCAGCCAAUGGAUAAGUGCAGUUACCAGGAACCCAUUAUUUCACCUCUGGCUGUUACAUCCUUGAGAACCAGUGCAGUGUAGCUGAUAGACUGUUGGACUAGGACCUGGGAGGGCAGAGUUUGAAUCUCUUCUCAGCUAUGAAGCUCACUGGGUGAUUUUGAGAGCAGUCGCUGGCCACCAAACCUACCUCGCAAAGUUAUUGUAACAAUAACAUGAUGUGGGUGGGCGGGGGGGGGGAGAACCAUGAGACCACCUUGAGCUUCUUGGGGAAAAUAAUAAGAAAAUAACAUUUAAAAGCAAAAUAAUAAAAGAACAUAAAAAUGACAGGCAGCAAAUGUUUGCUUCAGGUCUUGUCCAUGUAUAUUUUAUAUGACCUUUUUAAAUCCUUCAAAGCUUAAUUAUAUGCUUGUGAAAAUGGUAAGUACCCUAGAAUAGGUCUGCCCAUAAAGAGAUUCAUUUGUUAAUACAGUGGUACCUCGGGUUACAUACGCUUCAGGUUACAGACUCCGCUAACCCAGAAAUAAUACCUUGGGUUAAGAACUUUGCUUCAGGAUGAGAACAAAAAUCGUGCUCCGGUGGCGCGGCGGCAGGAGGAGGCCCCACUAGCUAAUGUGGUGCUUCAGGUUAAUAACAAUUUCAGGUUAAGAACGGACCUCUGGAACGAAUUAAGUACUUAACCCAAGGUCCCACUGUAGUUCUGUGAGUUUGGAGGGCGGUAGGUUGUUUUCCUGAGCCCCUUCUAAUUCCUGGAUCCAGUAGGGAUUCAAUUACUGGAACAACCAGAGGAGUUUCUUGGUAAUGGCCCCCUAACUAUGGGAGACACAUGACUCCCUCGGGGUGUUAAUACUGUGAGCCCCUCCAUUGUAGUCUCAGGUUGUAUAUACAGCCAAAUAUCAUAAAGACACCAUGGUCGCUGCUGUCCCUGUUCUGAGGAAACCGAACCCAGGAACCUGUGAAGUCUCACACUGUUCAGAGAUUGGGAUAGUGCGCAAGGGGUAUGUAGAUUAAAUCAGUUUUCCACAACCUGGUGCCCAUUCAUAGUCCCUGAGCAUUGGACAUUAUUGCCAGGUCUGUAGUCCAAAAAACAUUUGGAGGACACCUAGUUGAAGAAGCCUGGAUUAAAUUAAAAUACCAUUAAUAUUGACGCCCAGAACAAAUAUUUGAGACAGACCUUGUGCGGUGGCCAAGGGAUAAUAAAUCAAGAUGUUUCUGGUUGAAAUACCUGCCAGGCCAUGGUCCUUCAGACCCUGCUAUAGGGGAACAAUAAUGCUGGCCUACCCUAUGGGUCGUAUGUCUACAAAAUGUUUUGAAUAUUCAAAAGAAUAAAUAUAUGUUCUAAAUGGUUAUAACAAUAAAUGCUCCAUCUCCUAAUUGCUAUCAGGGAGAAGCACUGGAAAGUGGGGAAGAAUCUCUUGGGGUGCCUCUACUCCCAUAUAUACCAGGAUGUGUGGGUCCUUCUCGUGGCAUACCAGAGGGAGGGAGCCUGACGCUUGCUGUGUCUCAUUCUCAUCAUGCUAAACAAUGGUUUGGCAUGAUGUCAGAACGUGACCGAUUAAUGGUAGCUUGCUUUGUCUGUUGCUCGAUGGUGCUUGAGGGCACAAGUCAUCCUUUGUUAUGAGCCGAACGCUUCUAGGAUGCAGAUAAAGCUAGUUAAGAGUUUAAAAUAAAUUGAGAAAAAGGAAAGCCUCCCCCCCCUUCAAUUUUAACAUUUUUGAGAGCGUGCUUCAAAUUGGCUCUAAAGUACUCCCAACUCCUGUUUUCCCAGUAGGAUGAGACCUGCUAUGAGUAACUAAAGUUUUCAUGUCUGAUAAAUAAAAAGAUUACAGCAAUAACUGCUGUCAGCAUUUUUCUCAUUUAAACAAAUAAAGCUGACAAAUGAUGAAGUUUGGUGCUUGCUCCGUUAUGUUUAGCACAUACCAAGCAAUUAUUCAUCCUCUGCCAGCAUUAGUCUGUCUGCUGCUAAACCACCCAGCAGUGCAGAAAGCUUAUUAGCAUAGCAAUACCAGAGGCAAAACUCCCCAUAUUCUUUGAGGCUGUGCUGGAUGACAAAGGAUGAUGCUUAUAAUUUGCACAAUAAUUUAAAGGGAUGGGCUACCACUGUGAAUUGGAAUUACAUAAGGUAUCGGGGAACUAUGUUGGUUUUCAUUUAUAAUGCAUUGGUUCUUACUCGAGUUGAUUAGAGGUUCUUGCCAUGUAAUUUCUAUUAUUAUCGUUCCUUUCGAGGCAGGGGAGAUCUGUAGUUUAAGGAAACAGCAAAAUAUUUCCCCUCUCAGCAAGGAGGUCUCCCUCCCUAACUGCGCCUGGUGUGUCUGUCUUAUUUGUUAAAUUUGCACCCCACCCUCUGAUGGAGACACAUGAGGUUGUUCCAUGUCACAAGUGGGAAAACCAAAUACGGCCCUCAAGGCCUUGUUUUCUGGCCCUUGGGCCCUUGGGACUCAUCCUCCUCAGCCACACUCUCAUUUCCCCAGACCAAACCCCUCACUGCCCUUGCUUCACACCCUGCUUUAGUGAUUUUGCCCUUGGAUUGUGGUAAUGACUCUUGCUUCCCUAGAUAAAAGAUACAGAGCUCUCUCUGUAGAAAUUAGCUGACUGUACAAAGGUGAAACAUGUUCCCCACAACUGCAUCUUGCAGUCUGUUGGAAUUUGGCCAGUGGAAAAUCGAGGGCUUCAGAUCCCCACUCAGCCAUGAAUCUUAUAGACUGAACCUUUAAGAAUGUUGCACACAUACACGUUUUUAAGUGUGUGUGUGUGUGUGUGUGUGUGUGUGUGUUAUUGGCAUGGUCUGCUAGAUUUUGGUCUCUUGGUUUCUGCUGUACAUUGAAUGUGUACUUACUCAGGUGUCUGGUGGAGAAAAUCUCAGCAUAUUUUCAAAAUGUUUUCAAAAACCCUUUUGCUUUUAGAAUAUCAAUGAGGCAUUUUUACUUCUAAAACAAGAAGAACACAGUGGCCCAGUUUGAUUAUAAUGCUGAACACAGUUUAGCCCUCUGGAGGCCAGUGUCAAGAAGCCUAAGUGAAGCAUCCCCUUCCUCACAGCCAAGAGGAGGACUUUUGUGGAGUUUAAUUUCACUUUUAAAUAAAUUUAUCUUAGAGUUAUGUUCAAACUGAAAUCAUUCAGCAACCAAGGCACGGAUUCCGAUUGGCUGCAGGAGCCUCCUGCACUCAGUUGGAAGUUGCGUGAGCCGCGUCAGACGCUCAGCUUCCAGAGAACAUUCACAAAACUGUAACACUCACUUCCGGUUUUCGGGUGCCAACAUGUUCAAGUCGCAAGGCAUUCGAGAUCCAAGGUACAACUGUAUCUUGAUCCCCCUUCAAAGUCUAGCAACCUCUCUUGGAGGAUUACAGAAGGAAGUGGGGGCAGGGAACAAAUUAGCUAAACUCUGGACUGGUUUGGACUUCUAAAUGAUUUUUAUUUCAAAUGGUGAACUGUGUGUGACUGAUUUUCCAAUUAGAAAUGCUUGGUUAUUCCACCUCAUGAACUGCUGCUCAGAAUGAGAUUUUUAAAAGUAAAGGAUGAUCUUCAUGCAUGGACCACAAAUUAUUAAGUCCCUACCUGGAUACUUUUUAAUCAAUGAGCCUCAUCUCAGUCUUUCUUCAGGCAUUCAAAAUAAUGCAUAAGGGCCCCAGGGAGGGGUGCAAAAUGCUGACCCCUCCCACAAUUUGUGUGCCCCAGGCACCCUCAGCUUUCCUACAUUGGGAAUGUCUGGUGAGGCCUUCUAAAUAAGUUUGUCUGAACAUACUUAGAAGCUCCUUUCAGUCUUUCCAACUCAACAUAUUAAGGUCAUGGUGGAACAGAUCUGUCAAGGACAUAUUGCCCCCUCCUAUUUGAGCCUCAUGCAUCAUUUUUGAAUGCUGAAUGAGAUCAAAUCUAUUGUGCUUGCAGAACUUAGCCAGUAAGCUGGGUUUGGAAGCUCUCACACAGGCAUUCUGAGAGGAGUGGCUGUUCCUCUUGUUUACUCCUAAGCACCGGGUAAUUUUUCUGUUCUUUCCAACCAUUCAAUAAUUUGAUAAAUGUUGACCUGAUUCCCUCCCCUUGGUCACCAUCAGCUCUCCCCAAAAUUCCUAUAUUAGUUAGCCUUCCUUCAUAAGCGAGUGCUCCAAGGCCUUGAUAUUCUAGCUGUCUUUCUGUACCCUUUUCAGUUCAGUAAUGCUAUUUUUGAGAUAGAGUUACCAGAACUGUACAUGUAAUCACACCAAAGGUUUUUAUAUCCCUUAGAUUAUUUUCUGUACUGUUGAGAUCUUUGUAAUUUAUAUUGAUGGCAUUAUGACAGCUGGCAAAUAAUAGCAAAAAUACUGGCCACGGUGCUUUAGCAUGACAGAAAUGAGUGGUAACAAGCCUUAGGCUCUUUCACCUCUUCCCCAUUCCUCCUCCAGUAAGGCUGCAAGGAAAAACAAAUGAUGGCUUUUGAUUAGCUGCAGUUUAGUGUGUUGUUAGUUCCUAAAGUGUAGUUAGAUCCUAAACUGUGUUCAAUGUCAACAAUGUUUCGUUGGCAGCAUCAUAACCCACGUCUUGAAGCUGGCUUGUUUCAAAUAACCCCUGUUUAACCUUGUGGGAACGCGGGUGGCGCUGUGGGUAAAACCUCAGUGCCUAGGACUUGCCGAUCGUAUGGUCGGCGGUUCGAAUCCCCGCGGUGGGGUGAGCUCCCGUCGUUCGGUCCCAGCUCCUGCCCACCUAGCAGUUCGAAAGCACCCUUAAGUGCAAGUAGAUAAAUAGGUACCGCUUUAUAGCGGGAAGGUAAACGGCAUUUCCAUGUGCUGCGCUGGUGCAGGCUCGCCAGAGCAGCUUCGUCACGCUGGCCACAUGACCCAGAAGUGUCUUCGGACGGCGCCGGCUCCCGGCCUAUAGAGUGAGAUGAGCGCACAACCCUAGAGUCGGUCACGACUGGCCCGUACGGGCAGGGGUACCUUUAACCUUGUGGGUUUGGACCUCAUAGCAAGCUACAGUUAAUCUAAACCAGAAGUAAAAGCUUCUGAACCAAGCUCAGGGCUUGCUGUGGCUCAUUCUCAGCACAAUAAGCCAUGGGCAUCAAGCCUACAGUCUUUCAGAUGUUGCUGGACUACAGCUUCCAUCUUCUCCGGCCAUUGGUCAGACUGGUCACAGCUGAUGAUGCUGUAGUUCAGCAACAUCUGCAGGACCACCAAUUAUCCCAUCCCUGCACUAAAUUAUGGUUUGGCAUGAUGUCCAAAUGUGGACAUUUUCUGUGUUGUGGCUACAUACUGUAUGCCACCAUAAGCUCCUUGGAGGAAAGGUAUGCAGUAAAUAUAAUUAAAUGAUGAUAUAUAGUGAUCAUGGUGGAUUUAUGGAUAUUUUAGGUGCAGAAGCAAUGUGCUCUUGAGCGCCACUUGAUUGGGGGCAAGCACAGAGGAAGGUCUAUUUAUUGCAUUCAUGUCCUGCUUUUGGACUUUCCAGAAGCACUUGAUUUACCACUGUGGAAAAUACAAUGAUAGGCUGGAUGGGGCCAGAUGGAUUUCUGCACUAAUUCAGCAGGGUUGUUCUUAUGGCAUGUGUCUCAACUAAGUAUGUGACCUCCAAGGUGUCUGAAUCUCAUAACACAACACAACACAACACAACACAACACGACAUAAGACAGGCAGUAUAUGAACUGGAACUGAAAGUUCCAAAAUACAGUGGUACCUCGAGUUACAUAUGCUUCAGGUUACAUAUGCUUCAGGUUACAGACUCCGCUAACCCAGAAAUAGUACCUCGGGUUAAGAACUUUGCUUCAGGAUGAGAGCAGAAAUCAUGCUCCAGUGGUGCGGCGGCAGCAGGAGGCCCCAUUAGCUAAAGUGGUGUUUCAGGUUAAGAACAGUUUCAGGUUAACGGUCCUCUGGAACGAAUUAAGUACUUAACCCGAGGUACCACUGUACUGAUGAACCUUGGUACUAAUGUACCGACGAGUGCCAUUUACAGCCUGGCAGCAGCAGGUGGGAAAGACAGUCACCAUUUUGAGUCUUCGUGUGUGGCUGGGAGGCACUUUGCAUUCAUUGCAACCAUACUGGAAGUCGUGAAAUGGGCAGAGGGACCUGGGGAGCCAAUUGGCAUCCAGGCUAGGCUCCCUGAGGGGCAGGGCAUCAGAGCAGGCCUGACGGAGAAGUGCGCUCAUCAAGUCUUCUCCUGGGAGAGAGAGAAAGGGAGGCCUGUCUCAAACACUCAGUCUCAGUCUAGGUUUCUCACCCAUUCUUUUCUGUUUACUUUGACUGUUACUUUUUUACAGGGACAUGGUGGUCAUCCAUUAACAUUGCUAUGGGCCACAGGUGCAUUGGCUUGGUCUUAUGGGGUUUCACCUACCUCUUAGCAAUCAGGAGGGAGGGGUCCACCAGAAGCAGUUCACGCCAUAGAGGACUCCAAUGUGGGCCACCACCCCAUCUGUCAGCUUAGAGCAUAUCAACCAGAAAGCAGGUUGGUUGAUCAAUGUAUCCACACCAAUGCCAAUGCUAAACCUAUUCUUCUAUAAUCUAUAUCGAUCAGGAAACAAAGGUCUCAACUACCUUGUCUUGAUUUUGCUGUCCUGGAUGGUAAAGCAGAUAGAAUGCUGGGUUUGCCUAUACAUUUCACUUAACAUUCUUGAGCAAGAUAUGUGUCAGCUUUAGAAGAGGCUUUUCCAGCUACAGAAUUAUAGGGUGGGGGGACUGGAGAUGUGUCCCCCUUUAACAAUUCUAGUAGUUGCAUCUGUGACAUUUCCUCACCCUUUUAUCCACUACGGAUCUUUCUCCCCUUUUCUGUACAUAUUACAAAUCUGCACCUCUGUUGCUCACUGAAGGAAUGGGUUAACUCCUGAAUGCCUCUUGAUGCUUGCGAUUAAGUGGGUGCUGAUUUAUAGAGAAUCUAGGUUUACAAUGCUGAAAAUCAAUAGUCACCAAGUGCAAAUCAGAUUUAUUUACAGAAGCAGAUGCUAAAAAGCCCAGAGAGUUUCAUCUUGCAUCCAGAUCUUGGACAAGACUGGGGGUUGGGAGUAUGAAUCCAAAAGAACAAUUGUGGUUCAGUUGCAUGUAUUUCAGAGCUGCCUGCCCACCAACCUGUCACCCUAGUUCAUUUCAUCCCCCACAAAGGUCUUACAGGCUAGCACAGAUCUGCACUGGUUAGAACUGAGAACAGUGGAGCCCUGAGCCCUACUCCCAUAAGAGGAACCAGAUCAAAGUUCUAUUCAGUCCAAUAUCCUGCUCCAAAUGGUAGGUAGCCAGUUGCUUAUAGGAAGUCCACAAGCACCACAUCCCUGUUGUGUGCUCCCAGAAGAUAAUGUUAAGAGGCUAUGGAAUGCUUUCUCCAGUAAAGUCCACCAGGUGCAAACUUUAGCAUUAUUUCAGAUUAAGACAUACCUCUUCUCCUAGAUUAUUAUAAUCCUAGAAUCCUAGAAUUGUAGAGUUGGAAGGGACCUCAAGGGUCAUCUACUCCAACCCCCUGCAGUGCAGGAACCACAGCUGACAGAUGAAGGAGAGUCCCCCAGCUUCUGAGAUUUUCCAUUCCAUUGUUGAGCAACUCUUUCCACCAGAAAGUUCUUCAUAAUGUCUGGUUGUAGUUCCUUUUUUUGGAAUUAGAAUCCAUUGGUUUGGGUCCUACACUCUAGAGCAGCAGAAAACAAGUUUGCUCCUUCUUACAUGUGACAACCCUUCAAAUAUUUGAAGAUGACUGCCCUAGCACCUCUCAGUCUUCUCUUCUCCAGGCUAAACUUAUCCAAAGCUUUAUCAUCUUGGUCACUCUCCUCUGCACACAUCCGAGCUGCUCAGUAUCCUUCGUAAACUCUCUCUGUGUCUGCAUUUUGGGGAUAUUGUUUUAUUAUUAAACUUGGUGGUUGGUUGGUUUUUAAUUGUGCAUUUAAGUCGCUGAGAGAAGUUUUGUAUUACACAAAUAAUAAAUUGAAUUAUUCAUCAUCUCUCUGAACCAGGAACCAUAGACAGACCUAUCUUGUGACAGAAAAUUCCCAUAUGUUUACUUGGCACUGUGUGAAGAAGUACUUUGUUUUGCUUGUCCUAUAUCGACUGCCCAUCAGUUUCACUGGAUGACCCCGAGUUGUAGUCUAAUGAGAGGAGCAAAACCAAUUGUCUCUAUCCAUUUUCUCUUUACCACACUUAAUAUUGCUUCCCAGAUACUGGGCAAAAGUGUAGAUGCAGCUUGCUUCAACCAGUCCAUAGGUUUAAGAAUGUGAGAAAAGCCUAUUGGAUCAGACCAAAUGCCCAUCUGGUCCAGCAUCCUGUUCUCACAGUGGCCAACCAGAUGUCACAAGCAGGACCUGAGCACAGCAGCACUCUCCCCAGUUCUGAUUUACACCAGCUGUUUAGUUUGAGGCUUACAGUGCCCAACAGCAGAAGCACAACACAGCCAUCAAGGUUAGCAACCAUUCUCCAAGAAUUUGUCUAAUCCCUUUAUGAAGUCAUCCAAGCUGGUGGUCAUCACUAGCUUCUGUGGGAGUAAAUUCCAUAGUUUAACGAUGUGCUGUAUGAAUAAUUGCUUUCUUUGUCUGUCCUGAAUGUUCCAACAUUCAGCUCCAUUAGAUGUCCCUGAGAUCUGGUGUUAUGAGAGAGGAAGAAGAGCUUUUCUCUGUCAGCUUUCUUCACACCAUCCAUAAUUGUAUAUGCCUCUGUUAUGUCUCAUCUUACUCACCUUUUCUCCAAAUCAGUUUGGAAUGUAAUUUUAGGGUUAGUCUACAAAUUGUACUCACCUCUUAGAACAGGGGAGGCGAACCCAUGGGUCCAAGGCCAGAUCCAUCACAGUAAGUGUGAUGGCCUGGGACUCGGGCUCGGACUCGGAACCAGAGGAGCGUCAGUCCACAUUGGAUCCUCUGCCUCAGGGGCCUCUGCCUCUGAACCGAGUCUGGGGCCUGAUUCUGAAGAGCCCCAGUCUGCACAGGUUCCCCUGCAACAAGCACCAGCUGGGCCGAGUCAGGGGCCUGAGCCUGCCCUGGCUCCAGAUGCGGGGAUUAUCUUGUUGCCUUCAGCUGGGCCAUCACUUACAGCUGCUCCACUACCAGUUGGGUCAGGAGAGGCUGAGGUGGCCUCUGGGUCUAGUAACCCACCAACAUCUCCCGAGCUGCAGAGACUCAGGUCUGAGAGAAGGAGAGACCUGAGUACUCGCAGAAGGAGAGCUUGUGUUCGGGCAAGACAGGGAGGUGAGUCACCAGGGGAUCAGGACCGGCAGUUACCCUGACAGAGAUAAAAGGCUGCCGGACCCUGUCCCAGGUUAUGGGAGCAAUAUUGCUGCUUGCUGGAACCUGCCUGUUACCCUGUGCCUGACCUAGCCUGGUUUCCUGCCUUGACCCUGUCGGACUGACUCUUUGUGGCAGUCUUGGAUUCGGGACCGGACCUGGACCGCGUUGCUUGGGUUUACCCCUGGGCCCAGUACAGUAAGCUGUAGAAAGUGGCCCACCAUCCCUCACAAUCUCACCUCGCAAUCUCAGCUCUGCACUGAGAUCGGGAUAGAAAGUGUGCUCCUCUUUAGAGAGCAGACACAGCUCUUCAUCUCCUAAUAGCAGUGCUGUGGCACUCUCGAAAGAGGGGUUUUAUCUCUUGAUCCCAGGGGUGAGAUGAAGGCCUCUGCCAGCUCUUUAGAGGUGGGUAAAAGGCACUACCCUGGCUCGAAGGUGGGAAUGAUGUGCUCAAAGGAAGCAACAACCCAUUGACUGUCUUUUCUCUUACAGCAACUAAUGAAAGGAAUAAGCUUUCUGGGUUUGAUGCUCUCUUUGUAUGGCAUAGCUGGUCUUCCAUUUAUCUCGCUUCCACUUCUCAUUUGCCUUGGAGCUCAUUUAUAUAACAUCCUCAGAGGACACAACAAUGUCCACUGCCCCCAAAGGGGCUUUGUGUUCAUUAUAAUUAUAAUUAAAAGGAAGAAUUUGCCCACAGCUUGUUAGCUUCCCCCUUAAUGUUCAAGAAGGAUUUGUCUCACCCCUGAGCAUCAGUAGUGUGGGUUGUUGCCAUGCAGAUGUCCUCAAACCCUAUAUGCCAUGCAUGGGAAGGUGACCUAAGAAGAAGAGUGCCAUUUUUAACAAAUUAAUGAAAAUAAAUGAAAUGUGCUUAUUUAUUUUGGUGUGUGUAGGUAUCUUAUACUUGAAAGGUCUCUUAAUUUGAAAAUAACAAAUUAUUAACUCUGGGAAUGGUGAAGAACAGAAAUGAUAUUUUUAAGAACUGAGGAGGGGCAUCUCCAACUAUCAGUAUUUUGUGGGAUGGAUUCAAGCCCACACCAGGAAAUGUAGAUUUUCCCAAUUAAAGCAUAUUAAAAUUCCCUAUUGUCCUAGUUCAACUCAUAUACUUUUAAAAGGAAACAUAUUCUUUUGUGGUUAUGAAACUGACAGGAAACAUUUUGGGAAAAAGGUGGCAUGAACAGAUGAUUAAAAGGAAGAUUCGCAAACAUGCCACAAGCAAACCAAGAUGAAUAUUCAUGGUUCUGUGGCCUUCCUGCAAACAUGCUCAAAUGCUCACAAUCGAACCUCCAUGUAAGCUUCAUGUAAGCAAAUCAGGAUGAAUGCUCAUUAAAAAGGUCACCUAGAGGAGCCCAGGUAGAUCCUCAUCUCCUUCCGGGGGGUAUUGAAAUGGAAACAUUCUCUGUGAUGGCAUCAAAGAUAGGCAAUGUAGUGAUGCAUAGUAGUGAAAUAGUUCUCAUUAGUUGUUCUAAGACAGGGGUGGUUAACCUCUGGUCCUUUAUAUCUUUGUUGGACUACAACUCCCAUCAUCCUUCACCAUUGGCUACUCUAGUUGGUCAGAUGGGGGUUGAAGUCCAACAACAUCUGCCUGUCCACAGGUUAGUCACCUGUGCUGUAAGAACAAGAUGCAUUGAUUUCUCUGUUGAGGAUGAAAGCCUGAUUCCCUCCCCACCCUGCUUUAGCUUAUUUUUCCACAUUUGUAUCCACUUAUAGCCCAAUUUGAAGUAUGAUAAUAUUGUUGCAGGGGAGCAGAGAGCUCUGCUUUGGUGAACCUGGCAGGCUUAUGUGAUGGUGGAGACAGCAGCAGCACUUUAAUCUUUGUCAGGUGGCUAGGAAACACCAUUUAAAUUUCCCACAAUGCCUGAGUGCCCAGGGCAUUGUGGGAAACAAAAGUGGCAGCUUCCAGUUUCAGGUACGCAGUGCUGUUUGGUUCUUUGGGUUGAGCAGAGUGAGGGAAGAUCAAAGCGGCAGGGGAGGGCGGCAAUAAUUGACUCUGCCAAGAUGCUGUGACUCCAGUAGUGUGCUAUACAGUGUUAUCUCUGGUUACCUACUUAAUUCAUUCCGGAGGUCCGUUCUUAACCUGAAACUGUUCUUAACCUGAAGCACCACUUUAGCUAAUGGGGCCUCCUGCUGCUGCCACCGCAUGAUUUCUGUUCUCAUCCUGAAGCAAAGUUCUUAACCCGAGGUAUAAUUUCUGGGUUAGCGGAGUCUGUAACCUGAAGCGUAUGUAACCUGAAGCGUAUGUAACCCAAGGUACCACUGUACAGUGGUACCUCUGGUUGCGAACGGGAUCCGUUCCACGUCAUUUUGUGCGUCUGCACAUGCGCAAGCAGCGAAACCUAGAAGUAACCCUUUCCGGUACUUCCGGGUCACCUCAGAAUGAAACGUAAUAUGAGGUAUGACUGUACUAUGAUGUUGGGCUUGACUAAGGCACAAACUUCACUGUGAAGUUUAUUAUGUAUCCAUGCUAACUGGGUUUUAUGUGAGGUGUAGUCCACAUUGUCUGGCAGGCACUAGGGUUGCUAUAGGGAAGGGAACACAUUUUUCAUCCUGAAGGACACAUUCCUUCAUAGACUACCUUCCAGGGGCCACACAUCAAUGGUGUUGGUGGUGGUUUGGAGGCAACAGUAGCCUGAGGAACAGGUGUGAUUCUUACGUUGUAUGGUAGGCUACAUACCUGCCAUGCAAAUCUCUCUCUCUCCCUCCCUCCCUCCCCCUCCCCCCCCCCAAUAUCUGUUGACUGUCUCCAGCCUUGUUAUAUAUCUGCCCGAGUGUUUCUGUUCUGGGGAUUUUUGAAAGCUUUUCUGAGAUAUUUAAUCAAGGCAUUAGCUAGUGAUGCUGGAAGAUUUAAAUUUGGAUUCUGGAGAGAAGUCCAUUGUAUUGAUAUCUGUGAAGUGACAGGCAUUUAAGAUUUUGAGCCCUUGACAAGCCUCGUCUCUGUAUCUCUCAGUACUUUCCUGUUGGAAGCCACCGUCUCAUUUUGUUUAGCUUGAGGUUGUCAUUUCUCACAAGGUUUGCUUUACAUCUGAGAUGUCUAGCAGUUCAUAUUGAGCAAAGUUUCUCCGAAUUAAUUUGCAAAGUCCCCGACAUCGUGAUCAAACACCAGUUUCUGCAAGGCUUAUAAAUGUCCAAGAUCUGAGCUUUAUAGAUGAAAGAAAGGCUCUUUGGAAGCAAAUGAGCCUUCAAAGAGGUGGAAAUGUGUUACAAAGUGCAGGGCUAGUUACUUUGCCAAAGUAGUUGGGAACUGCUUUGCAGAUGUCUAGCAAAUUUAAUUGGACUACUCAAUUACCAGUAAUGUUAAUUAGGAGAUGAUUAGGAUUUGCAUACCUUCCAACAUUUAACUGAUAAAAAUGGGGACAGGCUUGUAACCUGCUUACAUCUCGUAUCAAUAAGUACUAACUAGAUCACAUUGUGUUUUGCUGGAAGCUCAGCUUCGCCAAUUUCAGUUUAACACAGCUAAUUCCCCCCCCCCCCCGCCCCAUCUUAAAUUCAUUUAUCCACAGUUCUACAUCAGUCUGUGAUUUCUAUUUUGUUGUUUUUAAAAGUCACCAAGAACAUUUGAAAGCAGACACAUUUUCCUUAAUAUAACGCAAGUUUGUAUGUUCUUUUCACUCAUUUCUACAUUUUUAUGCCUGCUUUCUCCUAAUAUAAACAUAUUUGUGUACAUCUUCUGGUUGGGGAAGUUGGAAUUUUGAAGGCUAAUUGUGCUUUGUUUUGUGUAUUGUCUGUGGAAGUGCAGAGUAGGUAGGUUCCUAUUAAAAUGUGAACUGCCCCCCCCCCAUCAGUGAAUUGUAUCCAAUGCUAGUCCUACUUUAGGUAGAUCUUUUGAAAUACUGACCAGAGUUGAAUCUUGCCCUAUCGAAACGCUGACUAAUUGGUGGUUCGCAACAUGAUACCCAAGGCCCUUUCUCCCCUAGCUGCCAUUUGAGUGAUUCUUAGCAGUCUGUAAUAGGGUUGUGGCAGCUGGCAGGCAGUUGCACUUUCCUGCUCUGUAUCAGAACCUAGACAAAGCAUUAUAUUCCUUCAUUCCAUUUCUGAGCUAUUAACAGAUGUGAGUGCAUCUGUUGACCUCCCUUUGGUUGCUUACACAUCAAUUUGCAAUGUUGCAUCCUUAUGUAGAGGACAAGAAAUCCAUCCAUGUGCAGAGAUGAUGCUGAGGAAGGCGUAGGAGCAAAAGUUUUAACACAACCUCAACUAUUAUAGACAGACGGCAUCACAGAGGGCCUCUCAGUCUGCAACUUUGCAUUUGUAGAGAGGAGACAGGGAAAAACAUUCCAUGUUAUAAGUGCAUGAAAAUAGUGAGAAUAUAUUUCUGAAGCAAUACCUGUGAGACUAUGAGCAUUUAAUCUAACUGAUAAAAAUUAGUGUUUAUCCAGGCUACCAGCAGAAUGAAUUUUCUGAUCCUGGGACUACUUUGAUCCAGCAACUAUGAAGUAAUGGCAAAAAUAUUUUGAUUCACACAAUAUACCUUGGUCUUUUUGGAACAUAAACAAUACAUUUAUUUUUUAGAGUUGUUUGGUGGAUAAAGGUCUUGUGGGGGUGGGGCACCCACAUAGGCAUAGUUUUUAAACUUGAUUUUCUGGCAUUUUUUCUCAUGUGAUUCCAGACUUGGAUGAUAUAGUUGCACUUAGUCUUUUCUGUUCUGUUUUAGGCCCAGAACAGGACUGUAGCUCAGUGACAGAACACCUGUUUUUUAUGAGAAAGGUCCAUAGCUGCCAACUUUUCCCUUUUCUUGCGAGGAAUCCUAUUCGGAAUAAGGGAAUUUCCCUUAAAAAAGGGAAAACAUUGACCGCUAUGGAAAGGUCCCUGGUCCAAUCCCUGGCACUUCACAUAGGGCUGGGAGAAAACCAUGUCUGAAACUCUGGAGAGCACUACCAGUCAGUGUGGGCAAUACUAUUUUUUUUUUUUAAUAAGAUAUUUAUUAAGAUUUUUUAAAAUAUUACAAUAAAAAAGAAAAAAAUAACAAAAAUACAAAAUAAAAAUGGUUAAAAACACACAGAUUUUCCAUUACUUAUUUUCCUUUAGCUUGUUUCCCGGACCUCCUCAUACCUCCCUUUUUUUGUAUUCCACUUCAAUCUGUUGGUUCAGCAAAUCCUUACCCUCUUUAAUUAUUCUAAUCCUUGAUCUUAAAAAUAAUAGCAUUAGAUUUUUACCUAUUUAUAACCCUUUUUUUCAUAUUCCCUUAAAGCAUUACAGCUGGAAACCACUUAAUUUCUAUCCAACAUCAUUCUAACAUUCAUUAAUUUUACAAUAUGUCUGUAGAUAAUCUUUGAAUUUCUUCCACUCUUCUUCCACCGACUCUUCUCCCUGGUCUCGGAUUCUGCCAGUCAUUUCUGCCAAUUCCAUAUAGUCCAUCAGCUUCAUCUGCCAUUCUUCCAAAGUGGGUAAAUCUUGUGUCUUCCAAUACUUUGCAAUGAGUAUUCUUGCUGCUGUUGUGGCGUACAUAAAAAAGUUCUAUCCUUCUUUGACACCAAUUGGCCGACUAUGCCCAGGAGAAAGGCCUCUGGUUCCUUCAAGAAGGUAUAUUUAAAUACCUUUUUUCAGUUCAUUAUAUAUCAUUUCCCAGAAAGCCUUAAUCCUUGGGCACGUCCACCAAAGGUGAAAGAAUGUACCUUCGGUUUCUUUACAUUUCCAACAUUUAUUAUCGGGCAAAUGAUAGAUUUUUGCAAGCUUGACUGGGGUCAUGUACCACCUGUAUAUCAUUUUCAUAAUAUUCUCUCUUAGGGCAUUACAUGCCGUAAACUUCAUACCUGUGGUCCAUAACUGUUCCCAGUCAGCAAUCAUUAUGUUAUGUCCAACAUCUUGUGCCCAUUUAAUCAUAGCAGAUUUCACCGUUUCAUCCUGAGUAUUCCAUUUCAACAGCAAGUUAUACAUUCUUGACAAAUUCUUAGUUUUGGGUUCUAACAAUUCUGUUUCUAGUUUUGAUUUUUCCACCUGGAAGCCAAUUUUCUUAUCCAAAUUGUAUGCCUCCAUUAUCUGAUAAUAAUGAAGCCAAUCUCGCACUUUGUUUUUUAAUUUCUCGAAACUCUGCAAUUUCAAUUUGUCUCCUUCUUGUUCCAAAAUUUCCCAAUAUUUCGGCCAUUUGGCCUCCAUAUUGAGCCUUUUCAGAGCUUUCGCUUCCAUCGGUGACAACCACCUUGGGGUUUUGUUUUCCAAUAAAUCCUUAUAUCUUAUCCAAACAUUAAACAGUGCUUUCCUGACAAUAUGAUUUUUAAAUGCUUUAUGUGCUUUGACCUUAUCAUACCAUAAAUAUGCAUGCCAUCCAAAUACAUUAUUAAAACCUUCUAAAUCCAAAAUGUCUGUAUUUUCAAGAAGUAGCCAUUCUUUCAACCAGCAAAAGCUGCUGAUUCAUAAUAAAGUUUAAAGUCUGGCAGGGCAAAUCCACCCCUUUCCUUUGCAUCAGUUAAUAUCUUAAAUUUUAUUCUGGGCUUCUUGCCCUGCCAGACAAAUCUAGAAAUAUCUCCCUGCCACUUCUUGAAACAGUCCAUCUUGUCCACUAUUUGCAAUGUUUGAAACAAAAACAUUGGUCCCUCAACUCUCACUGUGAUCUCAUUAGAUUGCCCUCACUCAAGUAUAGAGGGCCUAAGAAAACACAGGUGUGCUAUUUGGAAAGGGGGAUGUUAUAAUUUGAGAGAUGUUCAUUCGUAGAAAGAAUCUAUAGAGAAGCAGAGGGCUAGAACCAUCUAGGAUUAAGCUGUUUGAUUUAUGUUUUUAAUGUAUCAUAUACUUUGAUGUUAGCCGCCCUGAGCCCGGUCCUGGCCAGGGAGGGUGGGGUAUAAAUAAAUUUUGUUGUUGUUGUUAGAAAUAAUUAGAUAUUGGGGUGGGUGGGAAUUGGAUCACUUAGGAUUCAAAGGUGAACUCAUGUAAUUCACAUAUUUUUGAGAAAUAAUACAUGAACCGGAACGCAGCCAUCGUGCACUGAAUUUUGCAACACAGUUCUCCAGCCAAGUAAUAUAUACAAAAAGCAUAAAUAUGGAUGAAGUAUGCAUUAAAAAGCAUAUAUUAACAUGCAAAGGUACAUUGGAUUAUGCAAAAUUGCUUUGUAAACUUGUGUCUGUUAGGCAAAAUUGCAUACAAGUGCAUAUCUAAUAAGAGAAACCUGCACUAAAAUGCUGAUGAAUUUUCAGGAGGAUUUACUUAAACAAAAAACAAAACAAAACACUAUGGUGGAAAUGUUUUGAAAUGAACGAAAGAGUGGGAAAAUGAGAAAUGGAGAGAAACUGAAAUUGACAAGUUCACCAUUCCUAGAAAUUAGAGCAACCUGGCAUAUACUGAGAGAAUAGCUGGGUCAUGGGUUAUAUUGCACAAGGGCACUGCCUAGCUAUUCCACUGAGAUUUUUAAGUCAGGCUUUCUGUGCUUUCUUGAGCACCAGCGAGAGGAGGCUGCAUAGGGAAAAUGUGACAGGGAUAUUUUGCUCAUGUCAUUGUGCAGAUGCUCAAUAAAUAGUGGGUGAACAAAGCGGGACUAUUCACAGUAAAUGCUGACUGUGUGUUAAUUUUAACCAUUGUUGCUUUCGUGAUUGUUUGUUUUUAACUUUUGCAAGCCAUAUUGACGGGAAAGAUGGGAAGAUGAUGGAUUAUGAAAAUAAUGCCAGCUCCUGAGCACCAUUUGCCACUGGCCUGCUGUUUCUCUGUGGGGUUGCUUUGUGUAUAUUUCUUGAUUUUCUGUCGUUCAGUCAGUCUUGUCUUAUUAUUUUUGACCAUUAUUCUGCUGCCAUGCUUUGUUACUGCCGAUGGAUGAAAAAAAGUAUGCACCCCAAAUACUACUGUACACACUCACCUAUGAAGAAAGUCCUGUUGUUUUAAGCAAGAAUCUGUGCUUAGAAUUUCAGCCAGCACUUAUUAGAAGACUGCUGCCUUGCUUGCUGUGUUAUUGUUGCAUUUUCUUUUUGAAAAAAGCUGAACAAACCAACCUUUAUUUAUUUAUUAAGAGCAAAAGUGCCAACAGAAGAUUUUAAAGGCAGAUAUUGCAUAGUUUGGAAUCACAUCUUGGCAAGCGGAUGCUUUCAGCUCAUGCGUUCUGACCUACUUGGCUGUUAGAAUUUAAUUAGCAGCCAUAUAUUAUUGUCAAAGUAAUUAAAGCUUUGCCUUGAUUAAAAAAUGGAAUUGUUUAAUUAAAAAGAAAAGGUUUGGCUAACCUUAGUGUUAUGCCUGAGUAAGACAUUCUCUAUCAGCUAAUUUCCCUGUAUCUUUCCCAUUCAGGCUUGAAGGUUCGUGAGGCAUACAUCAAUGUGACAAGGCAGCAAGUAGAAGAUUUUCAUGGGCCAGAGGACUACUGGUGUCAGUGUGUUGCAUGGAGCCACUUAGGGACUUCAAAGAGCAGAAAAGCUUCGGUCCGCAUAGCCU